AGUGUUGGGAAGAAAUUACCUCCAGCCACAGCAACUCAGGAGCCAACAAAAAUCGAAGUGGACAGCAGAACAAAAACCAAGGAAUAUUGCAAAGUGAUAUUUCCAUAUGAAGCACAGAAUGAUGAUGAACUCACAAUCCGAGAAGGUGAUGUCGUCACACUUAUCAGUAAGGAUUGCAUUGAUGUGGGUUGGUGGGAAGGAGAACUCAAUGGCAGACGAGGAGUGUUUCCAGAUAACUUUGUCAAGCUUCUUCCUUCUGAUUUUGAAAAAGAGAGACCGAAGAAACCACCACCUCCAUCAGCUCCUGUUAUCAAACAAGGAUCAGGUACUACAGAUCGAAAGCAUGAAAUCAAAAAGGUACCUCCUGAAAGGCCAGAAUGUCUUCCUAAUCGAACAGAAGAAAAAGAAAGAUCAGAGAGAGAGCAAAAACAGUUAGACUUGCAGAAGCCUUCAGUUCCUGCUAUACCUCCGAAGAAACCUCGGCCACCCAAAGCAAACUCUGUGAAUAGACCUGGUACCUUGCCCCCGAGACGACCAGAAAGACCAGUUGUGCCUGCGACUCAUACAAGGAGUGAUAGUCCAAAAGUGGAAUUAGUGGGCAGUACAGUAUCCAGCACUCUAGAGAAAGACUCCUCUGAAAGAAGCAAUGACAUCGACUUGGAAGGUUUUGACUCUGUAAUACCAAUUGCUGAGAAGCUCAAUCAUCCAACUACAACCAGACCAAAAGCUACUGGCAGGCGACCACCCUCCCAGUCUCUCACGUCUUCGUCCCUUUCAAGCCCCGAUUUCUUUGACUCCCCAAGUCCUGAAGAAGAGAAGGAAGAACAUAUUUCCAUUACACACAAAACUGUUGAAGUGUCAAGGAAAUCAAGAACUGUCACAAUAUCACAA